AUGGCUGACGGGCUUCAAGUAUCCAACCCGGUGUUCCCUCCUGGAUUUCGAAAUCUCGUGUCGGUCGUUGUCGAGCUCGACAUGGAGUAUUCGACUCUCCAGGAAUUCUUGGUUACCUCACCGAACGUUCGAAUCCUCUCGCUCAAGAUAGUUGAUAGGGAUUUUCGCUUCGACUCAACCAAAGGAAGAUUACCUCCUUUCAAAGAGCUCAAGCUUUACAGUUACCCAUGGAGACAUACUUCUGCGGAGACAGCACUACUAUGGGACUUCUCAAAACUUGAAUGUCUCUUCUUUCAUGCCAAAAGACACUCUUAUGAAAACUUCCUCACGGCAGGAGCUACACAACAGUUUCCUCACCUGCGUAAGCUCGACUGUCUCUCUGAGAUGACGUACCCGAUAAGUCGUAGGCAUGAAGAAGAAUCGAGCGCGGAGCAUGAGUUAGGAAUGUUCAUAUCAAAACUACGGCGCCUAGAAGACCUGACCACUUCUCGAUAUUGUCCAGGAACACUGGUAUCAUACAUAUCCAGGGUCGGAGCAGGCCUCAAGAAACUACGACUGAAGGUUGGGCAGGAGUCGACGAAUCGGUUUCUUCGAACUGCUGACCUGUUGCGCCUCCAACAGAACUGUCCCGACCUUGAGGUACUUGAAAUUCAUUGUGAUCCCGCUGAAGCUGGCCCCAAAAUGGCCGAUCUCGAGCCCUUGCUUGAUGUCUUGUGCGGCUUCGAGAAAGUGGCCUACUUGGAAGUCGAGUGUGUCUCACAUUGGAAGAUACCAACUGCGGAUGAGAAGGAUCUUUAUCGUCAUAUGAUGGAGCAUAAGAGAGGGACUUCAUUGCUAAACUUUGAGUAUACGGAAGUGAUCCGUCAACGUCAACUCGUUCCAGGAACAAAUUCUUGGAGACAUUUCGAAGAAUGGUAG